ACGCGGUGUCAUGUAAACAGCGGAGGCUAGUGAGGUAGCUAGCUAGCUACAUAGAUGUUGGAGCGUGGAUACCGGCGAUAUUGUUGAAAUGUAGCUUUCAAUCAAUGUAUUUGUCUUUCUUUACCACAAAUCGCAUUGUCUAGCAGGAGAAUCUGACCUGUGAGACACUUAUCUACACCGAGGAUACCUCCUUUUGUUGUUUUGAUCAGUGAAUCGAGAAGGCUAACGUUACUGUAGCUAUCAAGUUAACGUUAGACAGCAUAGUUUGGGUCCUUGCAACGUUGAGCUUCAAAGCUCGAAUGUAAGGGCGGGUUUCUUUCUCUCACAUUGUUUACAUGUUAGCUAACUUUAGAUAGCUAUCAACCUAACGUGACCGUCUUGCUAGCUUAGUUAGUCUGUCAACUGUCGUUUUGCUAGCCAUGAUUUGACUUCGAAAACAGCAGGUAUACCAUUAUGAUAUUGAUUUGGUGCUUUGACUGUUUGCUAGUUGCUAGCUAAACAGCUUAGCUGGUAAUAAAGUAGUUCAAAUGUCAUGUUUGGGUGAGGUCGCCAACCGUCUGUCUGUCCCUUUAUGUUAGAGAUAUCUUCGACACGCUGGUUUCAUGGCACUUAAAAUACCAACAUAAUGUAUUUUAGCUGGCUUGUAACAACUGCGUGGGACACUCGCUAGAUCGCUAAUGAAUUAGCUUGCUGAGCCGUAAACGUAAUCAAACUGUGAGUAGCCUAGGCCGGAAACAGUGACGGUGAAAAACAACUCGUCACAGCAGCCUAACCUUAUAUUGUCCACGACACGUAACCAGCUGCAAGGCCUGUCAUUAGGACAAUUACAAUCAAUACAUGUUAACUGAAAACAGGAAACGCCAGCGGAGUGGUGGGGAAGAGGAGAAUGGCCAGCUGGUGCCUAAGGCCAAAAGGUCGAGCAGAGGAGCUAACCCCCUCUCUCCUGAGCUGGGCCGGGACGCCUGGGACUCGGAGUUGUCCAACAGUCAGAGCAGAGGGAUCAGCAGUCCGGACCAUGCGGUGGGGAGCAGCAGCAGUAGCCAGUGUGCUGUGGACAGCCUCAGUGGGGCCCAACCCUACGCCCCUGGCCCAUGUAGUCCCCUCAGCUCGGCUCUCUCCUCAGAGCUAGCUGACCCCACUAACCUGGUCUCAUACCACCAAAUCAACCGCAUCCUACGAGAGGCCCACUUUGAGAGUCUGCAGUGCCGAGGCCACCCCAGAGAUGCAUGAUGAUUCCCACCAUUCCAGCCAUGCCGCUGGGGCAGGAGAGGACCGACCACAACCUGGGCAUGUCCGGAGCAUUACAUGGUGGAUCAGUCACUCAGCUCUACUACCCCUCUACAUCUCCAGUUUCCAUAACAUCACAGCAGCUCUAUGCUGUCUGCGUAUCGUUGGAUGGAGACUAGCUUGUCCAGGCCUGCUGUAUUAUUGAAACUUGGCAAUCCAUUUAGAAUGUAAAAAGAAACCUGUUCAUAUUGUUGGCAAUAAUAACUGUUUGAUCCAAUUGGGAAUAUCCUGACCUGUGACUCUCUUUUUGUUGUUCCGGACCAGUCUGGGUUACAUGCUGCAUAGGACCAGUCUGGGUUACAUGCUGCAUAGGACCAGUCUGGGUUACAUGCUGCAUAGGACCAGUCUGGGUUACAUGCUGCAUAGGACCAGUCUGGGUUACAUGCUGCGUAGGACCAGUCUGGGUUACAUGCUGCGUAGGACCAGUCUGGGUUACAUGCUGCGUAGGACCAGUCUGGGUUACAUGCUGUGUAGGACCAGUCUGGGUUACAUGCUGCGUAGGACCAGUCUGGGUUACAUGCUGCGUAGGACCAGUCUGGGUUACAUGCUGCGUAGGACCAGUCUGGGUUACAUGCUGCAUAGGACCAGUCUGGUGGGUUACAUGCUGCAUAGGACCAGUCUGGUGGGUUACAUGCUGCAUAGGACCAGUCUGGUGGGUUACACGCUGCAUAGGACCAGUCUGGUGGGUUACACGCUGCAUAGGACCAGUCUGGUGGGUUACACGCUGCAUAGGACCAGUCUGGUGGGUUACAUGCUGCAUAGGACCAGUCUGGUGGGUUACACGCUGCAUAGGACCAGUCUGGUGGGUUACACGCUGCAUAGGACCAGUCUGGUGGGUUUCACGCUGCAUAGGACCAGUCUGGUGGGUUUCACGCUGCAUAGGACCAGUCUGGUGGGUUUCACGCUGCAUAGGACCAGUCUGGUGGGUUUCACGCUGCAUAGGACCAGUCUGGUGGGUUACACGCUGCAUAGGACCAGUCUGGUGGGUUUCACGCUGCAUAGGACCAGUCUGGUGGGUUUCACGCUGCAUAGGACCAGUCUGGUGGGUUACACGCUGCAUAGGACCAGUCUGGUGGGUUACACGCUGCAUAGGACCAGUCUGGUGGGUUUCACGCUGCAUAGGACCAGUCUGGUGGGUUUCACGCUGCAUAGGACCAGUCUGGUGGGUUUCACGCUGCAUAGGACCAGUCUGGUGGGUUUCACGCUGCAUAGGACCAGUCUGGUGGGUUACACGCUGCAUAGGACCAGUCUGGUGGGUUACACGCUGCAUAGGACCAGUCUGGUGGGUUACACGCUGCAUAGGACCAGUCUGGGUUACAUGCUGCAUAGUGAGUGAUUUUUUUUUUUUUUUUUAAUGUUUUUUUUAACCAUAUAUCCAUUUAAAUCCAUGUUUUUAGUUGUCCGAAGUGGUUUUAUGGAUGUUUGAGAGUGAAAUUGGAGGGGCUGCAGGAACUUCGUGUCUGUACAGGGUUACUGGGGUUUAGGGUCUGUGUAGGGUUUACUGGGGUUAGGGUUUACUGGGGUUUAGGAUUUGUGUAGGGUUUACUGGGGUUAGGGUUUACUGGGGUUUAGGGUCUGUGUAGGGUUUACUAGGGUUUAGGGUCUGUGUUGGGUUUACUGGGGUUAGGGUUUACUGGGGUUUAGGGUCUGUGUAGGGUUUACUGGGGUUUAGGGUCUGUGUAGGGUUUACUGGGGUUAGGGUUUACUGGGGUUUAGGGUCUGUGUAGGGUUUACUGGGGUUUAGGGUCUGUGUAGGGUUUACUGGGGUUAGGGUUUACUGGGGUUUAGGGUCUGUGUAGGGUUUACUGGGGUUAGGGUUUACUGGGGUUUAGGGUCUGUGUAGGGUUUACUGGGGUUUGGGUAGUCAUAUACUGAAUGAAAUCUGCACUAUGUAGGCUACGGUAUGCAGGUGUACUGUAUGUGAAUCAAUAACAGAGGAUUUGUUUGCUUCCACACUUUACAGGGGGCUAACAAUCACAUACUGUAACUAUCCAGGUUUUUAUUUAUUAGGUACCAAAUGGAAGAAAAUUGACUGAAAAAGGGGAAUGGCUGGACUUGUUUAAAUUUGAUUUCACAAUGUUUUACUACAGUGUGCCCUACUGAACAGGACCAAGGGUCAUAGUGCAACUUAAUCAGGAAAAUGUUCACCUACCCCAGUAAUGAAGAAGGGACCUUGGAUCUGACUGAGCAUGUAUAAAAAUGCACUGUAACCUCUGUUUUGUGACCUGUUUUUGGAGGGGCUUUGCAAACAGCUUUACUACCCAAACACCUCUUAUCAAGAAGACCUUCCCUCAGUCCAGACUUGUUAGCGGUGUGGUUGAAGCCACUGAAACUGGCCUAGCUGCAAAACAAACCCACUUGAAUCCAGCUGGAUGGUUGCUGUAUGAUCCAGUCUGAAUCCAGCUGGAUGGUUGCUGUAUGAUCCAGUCUGAAUCCAGCUGGAUGGUUGCUGUAUGAUCCAGUCUGAAUCCAGCUGGAUGGUUGCGGCAUGAUCCAAUCUGAAUCUAGCUGGAUGGUUGCGGCGUGAUCCAGUCUGAAUCCAGCUGGAUGGUUGCGGUGUGAUCCAGUCUGAAUCCAGCUGGAUGGUUGCGGUAGGAUCCAGUCUGAAUCCAGCUGGAUGGUUGCGGUAGGAUCCAGUCUGUAUCCAGCUGGAUGGUUGCGGUAGGAUCCAGUCUCUGUGAACAUCCAGGUAUUUAAAGCAACGACCAUAAGGCUGUGUGUUUUCACAGGUCCCUUUCCCCCAAAGUUGGAUUCGCUGUCCUCUUCGUGGGGGAGGAGCACCACUGUCCCUCUUUCAGUUAAGACUGGGUUUAGUGUUCUAUCAGAAAAUAUGGUUUAUUUUUAUUAUUUUUUGUAUUAAGAAUUUGUACAUGACAUCUUACCUGCCAUUGAAGUUUUGGAUUUGAUUUAGUUUUUUAAAUUCACCUACAUUUGAAAAUAAAGAUGAUUUGAAACAGG